AUGAAAGUCAAUAUUAUAAGCUGGCACGCUGUUGCAAGUUGGCAUUGGAAUGUGCCUUCAGAUGAAGUAUGCGGGAUUUGCCGAGUUCCGUUUGAUGGAUGUUGUCCAGAUUGCAAAAUGCCUGGAGAUGAUUGUCCAAUUGUCUGGGGAAAGUGUAACCAUGCUUUUCAUAUUCAUUGCAUCAUGAAAUGGCUUAAUACAGAGUCUUCUAAGGGACAGUGUCCUAUGGAUCGACGAAAGUUUGAAAUAAGAACAUAA